AUGGCGUCCCGCCUAGCUAGAACCGCUCUCGGGGCUGCCCGUGUGCGGCCAUCGAUUUGUCCCCGAACUCUUCCGGCCAUCACCAGCCUCGCCACUACUGGCUCUCGCAACUCCUCCAACGUUCCCGCCGAGGACCCCAAGAAGAAGGCUCAGUCUAUCAUCGACGCCCUGCCCGGCAACUCUCUCGUCUCCAAGACCGCCAUCCUGUCCUCCGCCGCCGGUCUGUCAAUCUACGCUCUCAGCAACGAGUACUACGUCGUCAACGAGGAGACCGUUGUGGCCUUCUGCCUGCUGAGUGUCUGGGGUGCUGUCAUCAAAUACGCCGGCCCUAUGUACAAGGAGUGGGCCGAGGGACAGAACAAGAAGAUUGCUGGGAUCCUGAAUGCCGCCCGUGCCGACCACACCCAGGCCGUCAAGUCCCGCAUUGAGAACGUCCAGCAGAUGAGCGGCGUCGUCGACAUCACUAAGGGUCUUUUUGAGGUUUCCAAGGAGACCGCCAAGCUCGAGGCUGAGGCCUACGAGCUGGAGCAGAAGACCGCUCUGGCUGCCGAGGCCAAGGCUGUUCUGGACUCUUGGGUUCGCUACGAGGGCCAGGUCAAGCAGCGCCAGCAGAAGGAGCUCGCCGAGAGCAUCAUCGCCAAGGUGCAGAAGGAGCUGGAGAGCCCCAAGGUGUUGCAACAGAUCCUUGCCCAGAGCGUGGCAGAUGUUGAGAAGAUUGUCUCUUCUAAGGCUCAAUAGACAACCCGAUAGAUAUCCAUGAACGCAUGCCUGCCUACCUUUUCUUAUGUAUUAUGUAAAAAGUCUAGAGCGUUGGAUGCGCUGUGCAAUAGUCAACUCAUGAUGCUCGGGAGAGGCUACCGAUCGCCUGUGGGCAGCGGAACUGAGGAGGAGUAGGGGGAAGAGGGAGGACUCUGGUCGUUGCGUCAUCCAUAGACAAGAGAAAUCCUGUCACAACUGUUCAGUGUCUUUUCGU